UCUCCAGUUAUUUGUACAUCCUUGAAUGGCCAUCGCGUGAGUCCAGUACCUUUGAGAAUCGAAUUUUUGCGAUUCAGUUUGAUUUGAUCAACGGUUGUAGGCAACUUCGUGAACUUGAUGUAUUAAAGAUUCGAGCACGUGUAUAGUGAACGCGAAUAAGGGGACACAGAGUAAAAACAAUAAAAAAACCUGCCUUCUAUUGCAAUCUCGCACGUGUAAAUUUAUCGCGUUUUAACCUAUAGCUUUCCCACGCGAUAAACAUUGCACUGACGGAAAGUAACGUCUACCUCAGAAUCAGUUACCGCGUAAUUCCGGAUCGUUUUUGAACAUUAUGAGCCCAUUAAAUAGGGGGCCAAUGCUCGGCCCUCGAAUGCCUCCGGUCGGGAUGCGUCCCAUGCCUCCUCCACGGUUCGGUGGCCGUCUACCGCCUCCUGGUAUGCCGCUCAGAAUGCCGCCGCAUCCGAUGUUCGGCCCCAUGAGGCAACGUAUGCCAUUACCUGGUCCCGGCAUGCCAAUGUUUGGCCCCAGGAUACGCGGCAUGCCACCGAUGAUGAUGGGGCCAAUGAUGGGUCCCAGGGGAAUGGGACCCUGUGGUCCACCUCCCAUGAGACCCACGUCUCGAGGCAUGCUGCCAUCCCAAGCUUUGCCGCACAUGCGUGCCCGUCUACCGCUGUGCGGAAUUAACAUGAAGGGAAAAGGAAUGAAUAAUUCGAAAAAAGUCAGCAAACUUGAGGAAUUAGAAUUAAAGAAGCCAUGGAUGACUGAUGAGAUUCGUAGCGAAAUACAAAAAAAAAAUAAGCUAUACGCCAAAGCUAAAAAAAACAAAGAUGCAAUGGAAUGGGAAGAGUUUAAAGAUUUGCGGAAUAAAGUAACCAGAAUGAUUCGUGACGCUAAAACGGAAUAUUUGGCCAAGAAUCCGGAACAGGCAGCCCUCUACUCAGCUGACACAUCUGCUUAUGAUGAAAGAGAUGAAAAUUAUCAGAGCUCUGAAGAAGAACACGAGUAUUACUGUGAGGUAUGUGACAGGGAGUUCCCAUCAGAGGAAUCCCUUGCUCGGCACAUAGGGGAACAUCGAGUUUGUGGAAUAGACGAUUGUGUCUUUUCAGCGCAUCCAAAGCUCGUUGAAAAACACAUCAGCAUGCAACACACUACAGGCCUUUAUCAUAGAAUGAAGAAUCUAUCGACACCAGAAGAUAUCCAAAACUGGAUAGCAGAACGCAAACGGCGAUACCCAACAAAAGCAAACAUAAAACAUCUAGCAGCUGAAGCGUUGGAGAAACAAAAGCGGUAUGAAGUAAUUAGAGAGAAGAAAUCAAUAACAGAAAUCAAUAGAAUUCAUAAGAAUGAAACAAAGAAAGUUACAAGACGCAAAACUCGUAGACGACCACGUGCCUUACCUGUACCUGCAAAGGCUAUGGAAUCACAGCUUUAUAGAGGCUUGCAAAUGUUUCCAGGCACUUUAAACUUACGGCAAUCGACGAGUGAUGAAGAGUAUUCUCUGAUUGAGGAUUCAGACAAUGAAGUGGACAUAAGAAGUACAGGGCACAUUUCUGGUGGUGAUGAAGUGGAUCUAACCAUGAACCUCGAGGCAAAUAAAAAUUUUUCGUUGAGUCUGGUAGCAGAUUAUGGCACAGAUUCUGACGAAGAUGAUGGACCUGAGGAAGUUCCUUUUAAAAAAAUAAAAGUUGAUACUAACAUUCCUGUAAGCGUUCCAGCCUUAACAAACCCAGAUGAUGACUGUCACAUUAAUGAUAAAUCUACAACGAGAAAUAAUGACAGCAGACAUAGGUUCGAACAUUUUGAAAAGACAAAGCAAAACAAUAACAAAUAUAAAAAUGAACGUAACAAUCAAAGGUUUCAUCAAAACAAAAAUCACACUGCACAAGGGAUAUUGAACACAAACAAAAAUCGAUUACUCAACAAGCUUUUGUCCCGAUCAAUACAACAUGAAAGAAACUUGAUUUGCCAAUGUAUAAAGUACAUUGUUGAUAAUAAUUAUUUUGAAUAGUUACAUUCUGCUAUCUAUGUUAUGAUAUUGUUAAUACGUAUUGGCGCAAUAAAGAAUUUGAAAAAGGUU